CAUUUGGUCAGUGGGGACCCACGCGGGUUCGACAUGCACAUCGAGAAGUGUUAUUUCUGUUCGGGGUCAAUCUACCCUGGCCACGGCAUGAUGUUCGUUCGCAACAAUUGCAAGGUGUUCAGAUUUUGUAAAUCCAAAUGUCAUAAAAACUUUAAAAAGAAGCGCAAUCCUCGCAAGGUCAGGUGGACUAAAGCCUUCCGGAAAGCAGCUGGUAAAGAGCUUACAGUGGAUAAUUCAUUUGAAUUUGAAAAACGUAGAAAUGAACCUGUCAAAUACCAGAGAGAGCUAUGGAAUAAAACUAUUGAUGCAAUGAAGAGAGUUGAAGAGAUCAAACAGAAACGCUAAGCCAAAUUUAUAAUGAACAGAUUGAAGAGAAAUAAAGAGCUACAGAAAAUUCAGGACAUCAGAGAAGUCAAACAAAACAUCCAUCUUAUCCGAGCCCCUCUUGCAGGUAAAGGAAAGCAGCUGGAAGAGAAAAUGGUACAGCAGUUACAACAGGAUGUGGACAUGGAAGAUGUUUCUUAAAAAUCUCACUGUAACCAUUUCUAUAUAUGUACAUUUGAAAGUGUCCUUUGGACACUAGAACUAGUGUCACUAGUGGAUACUUUGCUGUCUGCAAAACAUCAGAUAGUAUGGAUGUUGGAUUGCAUCUCAGUGUUAAACCUUCAUUGAUAGAUGUGCUUCAUGUAAAUUAUGAAAAUUCUCUUUGUAAAUACAGAAAUGAAUUGUGGACAAAAUGGUCAUGCCAUUUGGAUAAUGGCACUAGACAGCAUUUAUAUAAUAAC